CUUCUUUCUCUGUCUUUCCCUUUACUCAGAUCUUAAGGGACAUGUAAAUGUUUGAAGGUAAUAAUUUCAUGUUGGCAAUGAACCUCUCAGAAAAUGAUGACCAGCAAGACCCAAACAAAUGGAUGCUUCAAAGAAUUGAUAUCGACCCCAUGGUGGAUGUGCCUUUAAAUAGCAAUGACACAGGAGGCAAUGCAAGCAAAAGUUCCAAUGAGACUACAUUGAAGAGGAACAACAGCAGUGUAAGGAAGAGAAAUGGGGCUCAAGGAAGCAGUCAUGGUGGCAUGGGACUUAGGGUGGAACCAGGAGGGAAAGAAGGGAUUAAGAGCCUGCGAUUUCUCGAUAGGACCGCUACGGGGAAAGAAGGGGAGGCAUGGAAGCAGAUUGAGAGGCGAUUUAAUCAAUAUGGAGGUGAUGGUAGGCUCUCUAAGGACAAAUUUGGAGCCUGCAUUGGAAUGGGAGGAGAUUCGAAGGACUUUGCCAGCGAAUUGUAUGAUGCAUUGGCCAGGAGGAGAAAAAUAUGUGCAGAAGAUGGGAUAACUCUUGAAGAAUUGAGGUUGUUUUGGGAAGACAUGACAAAUGAAGAUAUGGAAGCUAGACUUCAGAUAUUCUUUGACAUGUGUGACAAGAAUGGUGAUGGGAUGCUCUCAGAGGAAGAGGUAACAGAGGUUAUAGUUUUGAGUGCCUCCGCGAACAAGCUGGCGAAAUUUAAGCAGCAAGCAGAGUCAUAUGCAGCUUUGAUCAUGGAAGAGCUUGACCCUGACCACCUUGGAUAUAUAGAGAUGUGGCAGUUAGAAACUCUACUGAGGGAAAUGGUUGUGUCCGAAGAAAAUCAAAAGUUGGGCAAGAGAACCCAAACCCUCACAAGAGCCAUGAUCCCCAGAAGAUACAGAACUCCUGUUAGCAAAUUCCUAUCUACAACGGCAGAACAUCUACACGAAAACUGGAAGAAAAUAUGGAUUGUCACAUUGUGGUUAGCAGUAAACAUAGGCCUCUUUACUUGGAAAUACAAGCAAUACCAGCAGAAGGGAUUAUACAAAAUCAUGGGUCAAUGCCUCUGCUUUGCAAAGGGUUCUGCUGAGACUCUAAAGUUCAACAUGGCUCUUGUUCUCAUUCCAGUUUGUAGGGGAACUCUUACCAAGCUGCGAUCGACAUUUCUCAGCCACUUAAUCCCUUUUGAUAACAAUAUCAAUUUCCAUAAGUUGAUUGCACUUGGAAUAACAAUUGGGACAAGUAUACAUGCAGUCUUGCACCUAACUUGUGACUUCCCAAGAUUGAUAUCAUACCCACAAGAUCAAUUCUUCGACAUUGCGGGGAAAUAUUUCUUUUAUUUGCAGCCAACUUACAUGGACUUGGUUAACAGUAUUGUAGGCAUAAGCGGGAUUCUGAUGGUUAUUCUUAUGGCUUUUUCCUUUGUACUUGCAACGAACGCAAUGAGAAAAAAUGUCAAGUUACCAUGGCCGCUCCACCUUUUGUCAGGGUUCAAUUCCUUCUGGUAUGCACAUCAUUUGCUGGCAAUGGUAUAUAUGCUAUUUGUUACACAUGGUUACUUCCUAAUUUUCACGGAUGACUGGCGCAAGAAGACGACAUGGAUGUAUGUCAUGGCUCCAGUAUUACUGUACACUACUGAGAGACUUAUUAUACUCAUUAACGAAAUUAAUCACCCUGUCUCUGUUAUUAAGGCAGUAAUAUAUACAGGAAAUGUUCUGGCUCUGUACAUGAGCAAACCUCCUGGAUUCAGGUACAAAAGUGGAAUGUACCUCUUUGUGAAGUGUCCUGAUAUAUCAAGUUUUGAAUGGCACCCCUUCACCAUCACUUCUGCCCCGGGAGACGACUACUUGAGUGUCCACAUACGAAGCUUGGGAGACUGGACGACGGAGCUUAGAAACAGAUUUGAAAAGGCCUGCAGUGAGCUUCAAAGUACACAAACUAGAAGGGGAAAUCUUGUUAGGAUGGAAACUAAAGCGAAUUCAAACUUUCAGCACGAUCAAGCAGGAUAUCCAAGGAUCCUCAUAAAGGGACCUUAUGGAGCCCCUGCUCAAAACUACAGAAAGUUUGACAUCUUGUUGCUCAUAGGUCUGGGAAUUGGAGCAACUCCCUUCAUCAGCAUUAUAAAAGAUAUCAUAAACCAAAUAAACCACAGAUUUGCUUCUCCUCCUGAUUCAGUACACAGCAAUUCAGAAAAAUCUACAGAACCCCAAUUAAAGGGCCAUCCAAGGGCAGCUCAUAGAAAGAGUCCAGAAAGAGCGUAUUUUUAUUGGGUAACAAGGGAACAAGCUUCCUUUGAAUGGUUUAAAGGUGUCAUGGAUGACAUUUCAGAGUGUGACCACAAUCAUAUGAUAGAAAUGCACAACUACUUGACCAGCGUGUACGAAGAAGGAGACGCUCGGUCUGCUCUUAUCGCCAUGGUGCAGAAACUACAACAUGCUAAGACUGGAGUUGAUGUUGUCUCCGAAAGCCGGAUAAGAACACAUUUUGCUAGGCCUAAUUGGAGAAAGGUGUUUUCAGACUUGGCUGCCACACACCAAUCUUCUAGAAUAGGUGUCUUCUACUGUGGAAGUCCAAUACUUACCAAAACACUAAGGCAGCUCUGCCUAGAAUUUAGCCUAAAUUCAUCAACCCGCUUCCAAUUCCACAAGGAGAACUUCUAGAAUAACUUGCUGUCCACAUUGCACCAAUCUUUGUAGAAAUACUACUCUUCUUUUUCUUUACAUGCUCCUCUUGUUAUUCACUAUUGUAAAUUUAGAAGAAAAGGAAAAUUAUAUACAUUAAUUAUAUACAAAAACUGAGAACAAAUUAAUUAAA